AUGGAUGAUAUCCAAGCAGCUAAUGAAAACAAAAAUGCCAAGCGAAGCCUCGGAAUCGAAGAGGGUACUUUGAACGUCAUCCGUAACAUUAUAGAAAAAGAAUUUGAAAAUGAUAACGCUAUCGUAAAGAAGGCUAUCGAAGCCCCAGCCAAAAAACAGCGCUACAAAAUUACUGUCAAAAAUUUGGGCAAUGAGGGCAAUGGCGAUAAUAAGGAAAUUGAAAAAGGGCGCGUGAAGCAAACAGUAACAAAAAGUAAACACAAAUCUACGAUUCGUCGUAUCAGUCCAAAAUCACACCAAGUAAUUAUAUCGAAAGUCAAAAACACAGUUUCUACUUUGCACGAAAAGGGUAAGGAACAUUUACAAGAAGUUUACAAUGAGACUACACAAAGCCGUCACGAAGAAGAAAUUCAUCACAAACCCGAUGAAAAACCAAAAUUUCAAUCAGAAGAUUAUGAAUCUCAAGAAUACGUUGUUAUAACUCCAAAAACGGAAAGUGCUAGCUCUGUACGAGAUAAAAAUGUAGAAUAUAUUGGACUUAUACAAGUAAAAAAAUCACAGCCUAAACGGCUAGAGGAAGGACUGCCCACCUGGGGAUUUGGAACUGACAAAAAGCCAGGACCAAUUUCCGUACAUAGUAAACACAACGCACAAACUCGUACCUUAGGAUUCCACCUGGACAAAGGUAUUUCUCUUAAUAAGCACGGUGCAUCUUAUAAAGAAAAUAUAUCAGUAGACUUGCCAAAUCUUCAAAGUCUUGGCAAAGCCCUAGGAAAAGUUAGUGGUAAAUUAGAAGCUAGUGGACAUGCACAGUUACCAUCCACAUCGGCCGUGGAAGUUGGUGGAAAUGCACGACUACCAAUCGUAUCGGCCAUGGAAGGUGGUGGAAAUGUAAUAUUGCCAGCCGUAACUAGAUUUGAAGUCGGUGGAGGUGCACAUUUGACGACCAUUCCAAAAGCCCGAAACUUGAAACCACUGGGCAAAAAUGAUAUUGUAUCUCAUGUGUUUAUACUACCGAAUGGUAAAAUUCAGGUCCCAUUAGAUGAACACAGUCAAAACAUAAAAAGACAACGUACCAAAGGUUUUGAAGCAAGUGAAGAUCAUACCCAUGUUUUUAUUUUACCAGGUUAUAACAAUAAUCACAUAAUAAAUGAACCAGAAAUUCUUCAGGAAAUCAAACCUGAAAAUGAAGACCUCGAUUAUGGUGAUUUAGUUGUGUUACCACAAUCAGAUAUUGAUAGCAAUAUCGAUGGUUGGUUAAAAGGCACAAUAUCGUCACAAAAUAUACUUAAUUUAUUUGGACGUACUGAUAACACAAAAAGUGAUAAAAAAGAGGUACAACGUCUUAAUUUGGAUCUUGGUGAAAUUGAUCCAGUAUUAUUAACUCCCUUAUUACCUGGCGAGCUUAGUAGUGCUAGUGAUGAUAGUAGUACUGAAAAGAAAAAACUUAAAAACGCAGUAGAACGUAGUAGUAAUAACAGCGAGAAUAAUAAUGAGGAAGAUAGCAAAGUUACUAAGUUGGAUGAACAUAAAGAUGCCGAUAAUAAAGAUGCCGAUAGUAAAGAUGCCGAUAAUAAAGAUGCCGAUAAUAAAGAUGAUACUAAAAAUGAAACUAAGAGCACGGAUGCUAAUGACACUAAUACAGAUCAACCUAAUAAUGACGAUAAUAAAGUCCAACUUCGGCAAGGCGCUGAAAUUUACAAUAAUAACAAUAACAACAAUAAUCUUGAAAAUGGUUACAGUCAAAUUUAUAACAACAACAACAACAAUAAUAAUUUCAACAAUGACGAUUAUGGCGGAACCAGGAUAAUGAACAACAACAACAAUAAUAACAAUAAUUUACGUGAAGGGUUAUACGAAAAUGAGAAAGGACUUCGACAAGGCGCUGCACCCAAUAAUAACAAUAACAACAAUUACAACCAUGGUAAUGGGAACAGUCAAAUUUAUAAUAACAAUAAUAAUAACAACAAUUUAAGAGAGGGUUUACAAAAAAAUAAUAAGGAACUUCGACAUGGCGCUGAAAUACACAACAAUAAUAAUAAUAAUAACAACAUGGACGGAAAUGGCCAUAACAAAAUUUAUAACAACAACAAUAAUAAUAAUAACCUUAACUAUUUAAGAGAAGGUUUACAUUAUAUUAUGAUACACUAUGCUAAUAUGACUGAACAGAAUGAUGGUAAUAAUAUUCAAGAUAAUGAAAAUAGUAAAGAACAUGACGAAGAUGAAAAUAAAAUGGAACUUCGGCAAGGUGUAGAAAUCCACAAUAAUAACAAUAAUAACAAUAAUAUGGAUGGAAAUGGCAACAGCCAAAUUUAUAACAACAAUAACAACAAUAACAACUUCAAUGGCGGAUAUAGUAACAGUCUAGCUUAUAACAACAAUAAUAAUAACAACAAUUUAAGGGAAAGUGUAUAUGAAAAUGAUAAGGAACUUCGGCAAGGCUUUGAAUUCAAAAUACCAGAAAUUAGAGAUGCAACAAAUGAUAACGGUCAGCAACAAAGUCUCAACUUAAAUGACAUGCAAGAUAUACAAGAACCAGGCUUGCUUAUAAAUGAUUUUCCAAAGGAUACACCUCAAAAAUAA